CUGAGGUGAAGAAAUGAAGCACAACAAUGUCAUCCCCAAUGGCCAUUUCAAGAAGCACUGGCAGAACUAUGUCAAGACCUGGUUCAACCAGCCUGCCCGGAAAACCAGAAGAAGAGCUGCGAGACAAAAGAAGGCUGUGAAGAUCUUCCCCCGUCCCACCGCUGGACCUCUUCGCCCUGUUGUCCAUGGUCAGACUCUCAAGUACAACAUGAAGGUCAGGACCGGUAAAGGGUUCACUCUUGAAGAGCUUAAGGCUGCUGGAAUCCCCAAGAAGUUGGCACCCACCAUCGGCAUUUCUGUUGAUCACCGCCGUAAGAACAGAUCUUUGGAGGGUCUUCAAUCCAAUGUCCAGAGGCUCAAGACCUACAAGGCUAAGCUCGUCGUCUUCCCACGUCGUGCCAGGAAGGUCAAGGCUGGUGACUCUACACCAGAGGAGUUGGCCAAUGCCACUCAAGUCCAAGGGGACUACAUGCCUAUCGUCCGUGAGAAGCCAGCAAUGGAGCUUGUGAAGUUGACCGCUGAAAUGAAAUCAUUCAAGGCCUAUGACAAGAUCCGCCUAGAGCGCACGAACAAGAGACACGCCGGUGCUAGAGCCAAGAGAGCUGCUGAUGCUGAGAAAGAAGAGAAGAAGUGAGGAAGAAGUACUUUGUCUUUCCAUCGUUUUGAAUCUCAAUUUUUGUGUGUUUCAGACUCUGUUUUGUUUCUUCGGUUUCUUUAUCCUGCUACUAUUACUUUUAUCUGGAUUUAUGGAAAAAGAUUUCGCACAUUUCUCAUACUUAGUUGAAUUUUUGUCGUUCUCCACAAUCGAUAAUGUAAUUAUAAAUAGAUUAUCUAAUAUCAGGCAAGACUCAG